AUGAUCGAAGGCCAAGAGCAUUUGCACGGCUGGCCAAACGCGUCAGGAUUCCAAGUCGAGACUGAGCAGCGUGAGCCGAUCGAGCUCCCAGUGACUGGCCACAUACCAGCAGCACUAGCCGGCACACUCUACCGCACUGGUCCAUCGUCAUACAAACAUGGCAACUUCAGCUUCUCGCAUUGGUUCGAUGGCUUCACACAGAUCUAUCGCUUCCAAUUGAUACCACAAGCCGAUGGCAGCUGUAAAGUCGUAUACAACUCCAGACGCCAAUGCGAUCGUUUCCUGGAGAAAGUUCGCAAAAGCGGUCGACUCGACAAGAUCACUUUCGCGCAGAGACGGGACCCUUGCGAGGGCUUCUUCGGAAAGCUCAAAGCCAUCUUCUUCCCAGCCAAUUCAUCCGAACCGACAGCAGCAGAUGUCAAUGCUGGGGUCACUGUACAUCUUCCCGUACAUGGACAGAAUGGACUUCUCGAAACCAGAACAGACAAUUACCAGCUCAAACGUAUUGACAGGGACACCUUGGAGCCAGUCGGAGUGACAGAUCAAACCAAAUUGAAUCCCGAAUUAAAAGGUCCCGUGUCGUGCGCUCAUGCUCAAUUCGAUCCUGUUACCGGAGACUGCUUCAACUUCAACCUGCAAUUUGGUCGGUUCGCUACGUACCGAGUAUUCAGAACAAGCGCGAAGACCGGAGAAACAGAUGUUUUGGCCACAUUCAGUGCGCCUGAGAUUCAAGCCGCUUACAUUCAUGCUUUUUUCUUGACGGAGAACUUUGUGGUACUGUGCGUCUGGAACUCACACUUCGGCGGAGGCGGUUUGAAGGUGCUCUGGGAGAGGAAUUUCUUGGACGCCAUCGUGCCGUUCGAUGAGAACGUGCCAGUGCAAUGGCUGGUGAUAGACCGGAAAGGCGGCAGAGGGCUUGUCAAGAGAUUCACAAGUCCUGCAAUGUUCGCAUUCCACACUGUCAACGCUUUCGAGGAGACCAAGGAUGGAAAAGUCGACUUACUCUGUGACUUGGCAGAGUAUGCAUCGCUAGAGGUGCUACACGGCGUCUAUUAUGAGAAUCUGGUCUCGAAUGCCCCGGCUGCCGGCAAGGCAGGACUUAAGAAGUCACAUAUGGCUCGUUACAGGCUUCGAGAUGUUAACAGCCCCGAACCUUGGGAUCUUGCCAAAGACAAGCCAGUCGAGGCGGAGAGAGAGUUGUUUCUACCAUACAAUGGCGACUUGCCGACAAUCAACCCGACGUAUAAAUGCAAGUCGCAUCGUUUUGUGUACGGCAUCCGUGACAAUGGCAAAUCAAGCUUUUACGAUUCAAUACAGAAGCUUGACGUUGCAACCGAACAGAGCACAAGCUGGUGUAGUGACAAGCACACGCCUGGGGAACCAAUUUUCGUCGCGGAUCCUGCUCGCAGCCAUCUAGAGGACGGUGGCUGGUUAUUGAUUUGCGUUCUGGACGGAGAGCGAGGGACCAGCUACCUCCUUUGCUUAGACGCGGAGACAUUGAAGGAGGUGGGCAGAGCAGAUGUGGGUGCUGCGGUAGGACUUGGAUUCCACGGCACUCACAUCCCAGGUUGA